UUAAAAGAAAUUUUGUUUUGACAUUUUCUAAGAACUUUUGUAAGUUUUUUCAGUCUUGAGGUAAACGCUAUAAAAGUUCUAACGGAAUUGAAGAACCGGGUAGGACUUGGUCCACCUGCUGAACAUAAAAAAUGAACUGGAUGCAGCUACUGGUCUACUGAUGUUAAAGAAAAUGCCCAUUAUAUUUUUAACAGAUGCUGAUGAGGACUACACCACAGCGACUAGCGCAAAACCUGGCGAUUCAAUUAAUUCAAAUAAAGUUAGUGGUAGUGGGCGUGUUUUUAAUAAACAAGAUUUUGUCGGCAGUGCUAAUACACCUUGGCGUUUAUCACCAUCAAGUAGCGGAAAUUAUAGACAUACUGAUUACACUGAAGAUGAGUUAGAAGCCGCUUUUGCUUCACUUAUGUUGGCAACAACACCAGUAGUUUUUGCUGAAGUUACUACAGAUUUAUUGUCAACUCAAGAAAUCGAAAACCAGGAUGAAGUAUCAACAUCUAUUAAAGAAGAAAAUGAUUUACCUGACAUUAUAAUAAAACAAGCAGAGGAGGAGGUGCCAGUUGUGUUGACAAAACAGAACUUAGAACCCAAAGCAGAUGGAAAAGAAAAUCGUAAAAGACAACACAAAUCAGGCCGUAAAGGACGUCGCAAAAAAGGUGGUGUGAAAACAGGCUACAAACCAGCCCCUAAACCAGGUCGAAAAUCAAUUCGCUAAAUAUAAUAUGUGGCUUUAAAAAAUCAAAUCAAAAGAGUUUAUAAGAUUAAG